UUGACAACACGCAGUGUACAUCAAUUUCUCGCACUGGGUGUCUAUUAUAUGACAGUUUUAUUUCACUGCCAGUUCCCGAUCAAACUAUUACGCCGAUUCGUCGAGAUGCAGUGCCGAAGAGUGGACUUUGCGAUACUUGGCAUCGCACAAGCGCGGUCCAAUGCUGUCACAUCUGCAGCCGCUCGUCGACAAGAUGAUUCCCAUCUAUUUUGACGAUCCUGCCCUCGGCUCCGGUGAUCUAAACCGCGUCUCACAGAUGUUUAUUUCCGACAAAGCGUGGAAGAAUCAACAUGGGCAAGACUUGGGGUUCGUCACUCGUACGCGUGAUUCAAUCCAGUGGCUAUCGAAUCUCCCAUACAUCGCUCUUCUCCUCGACCUCAAUGUGGAACCAAAGCUUAGCGUUACAUUCCUGGAAAAUGAGCCAAAUCUUGUUGAAACGGACCGAUGUCUGAGAUCUGAGGGUCUACGCUUCUGGAAUAAGCACAACUACAUUUCCAUUCUUGAGCCAACAUCCCCAAGUUGCGAGCGGGCUGCACAGGUUUGUCUCUCGACAGGAGGAAGUACCAUCCCAAACCACUCUCGAAGCCCUCGUCAAAUUUGGAAGUACUGCCAGACUACGCAACUUGCAGUGGGAAGCGCAAGAUGCAUGACAAUUCGAAUCAUGACUGUACGAUCGUAAAGCGAUGUAGGGCGAUGAUUGCGCGCAUGUUCCUGCGUAUGAUGGCGAUGUCAGAUUCCUUGAAUUGUGGAGCGAUGACAGUUUCGAAUUCCGCACCGAUUGCUAUAUUGACCAUGAAGCAGGGAAAAUUGUCCAUAAUCCAGGAACAACAACCACAUCGACCAAGCCAGCAACGAACUACGUAUUGUGCCAUUAGCCACGAUAUCAAUGAGAAAGCCGAAACACGACUCGCUGAGUAAUAAUUAAGCG